AUCACAGCCACGAAUCCCGCAAACGAGAAGCAUAACCCCCAGGUGGCUCUCUCCUCACCGUGGCCGAUGAACACAAAACUAACAACACAAUAUGGGCUUCGAGUUUCUCAGAGCCUCGCCUCUUUCUUCUUCCAAUGCCAUAGUACUUCUUAACCCCAGAGCCAAACCCAUCUUCUCUGCUUUACGUCGCCCUUUUCAUUCUUAUCCUAAUCCUCGUCCUACUUCACUGUUAAAUUCUCACUCCAACGUCUUCUUGUCGAAACCCAUUAUUACCCCCACCAUUAAGCGUGGUUUCCGUGGUGGAAUUGUGGCCAUGGCCACUUCCGGGUCUGUCCAGAAGUCGGAGGAAGAGUGGCGUGCUGUUCUCUCCCCCGAACAGUUUCAUAUUCUCAGACAAAAGGGCACUGAGUAUCCGGGAACAGGAGAAUAUGACAAGUUCUUUGAAGAGGGAAUCUACAACUGUGGAGGUUGUGGCACUCCUCUUUAUAAGUCCACAACAAAAUUUAAUUCUGGGUGUGGCUGGCCAGCCUUCUAUGAGGGUCUUCCAGGAGCCAUAAACCGCACGCCGGACGCAGAUGGAAUGAGGACAGAGAUAACAUGUGCAGCAUGUGGGGGGCAUCUAGGUCAUGUUUUUAAAAAUGAAGGAUUCCCAACGCCAACCAAUGAACGCCACUGUGUGAAUAGCAUUUCACUGAAGUUUGUGCCUGCCAAUUCUUAAUAUCUCUGAGCUGUUCUCUGCCAUACGGAUAUGGAUCAGUAUUGCACACUCUAAAUUUCAUAAGAUGAUUAUGUAAUGUACUGAAAUUGUAGCUCAGCUUCAUUGAGUAACGAUUGCAUAUACAGUUGUGAAUGAGGUGUUCCUUAAUACUACUGAGCUGUUCUUGUAGUUGAGUAUGUAUCUGAUUCAAAUAGAAAUAUCUUUCCCCA